AUGAUUGGAUCGACUGGAAAUGUGGGACAGAAGUAUAAGCUUUCAGUUAGUAAACCAAAAAGAAAAGAUGAAAAGACCUUCCUUCUAACUCCCUGUCCUCCCUGCCUCCCCUCUACAGCUUACUCCCUCCUACCUCCUCUCUCCAGCUUACUCCCUCCUACCUCCUCCUCUCUCCAGCUUACUCCCUCCUACCUCCUCCUCUCUCCAGCUUACUCCCUCCUACCUCCUCCUCUCUCCAGCUUACUCCCUCCUACCUCCUCCUCUCUCCAGCUUACUCCCUCCAACCUCCUCUCUACAGCUUACUCCCUCCUACCUCCUCCUCUCUCCAGCUUUCUCCCUCCUACCUCCUCCUCUCUCCAGCUUACUCCCUCCAACCUCCUCUCUCCAGCUUACUCCCUCCUACCUCCUCCUCUCUCCAGCUUACUCCCUCCUACCUCCUCCUCUCUCCAGCUUACUCCCUCCAACCUCCUCUCUACAGCUUACUCCCUCCUACCUCCUCCUCUCUCCAGCUUUCUCCCUCCUACCUCCUCCUCUCUCCAGCUUACUCCCUCCAACCUCCUCUCUACAGCUUACUCCCUCCUACCUCCUCCUCUCUCCAGCUUACUCCCUCCUACCUCCUCCUCUCUCCAGCUUACUCCCUCCAACCUCCUCUCUACAGCUUACUCCCUCCUACCUCCUCCUCUCUCCAGCUUUCUCCCUCCUCCUCUCUCCAGUUUAUUCCCUCCUACCUCCUCUCUACAGCUUACUCCCUCCUACCUCCUCUCUACAGCUUAUCUCUCCUCCUCCUCCUCCUCCUCUCUCCAGCUCACUGUCCCACCUCCAUCUCUUUCCAGCUCCUGCGUCCUCCUCCACCCUUCAGCUCCCGUUGCCUCCUAA